AUGUCUAUUCGCCAAUGGAAAGCCGCCGUCUGCCAGUCGGAGCCCUGCUGGUUCGACAAGGACGCCACUAUUGAGAAGUCGCUUAAGCUCAUCAGGGAAGCCCGCAGCAACGGCGCCUCCCUCAUCGCGUUCUCCGAGGUCUGGGUCCCCGGGUACCCCAACUUUCUCUGGUCAGGAAACUACAAGGAGAACAUCCCGCUCGUCCAGAAAUACAUGCAGAACAGCAUCACAGCGUAUGGAGACGAGACGCUGCGGAUCCGUCAGGCCGCAGCCGAGAACAAGAUCUACGUUGCCUUUGGCUUCAGCGAGCGUGUGGGUGCUAGCCUGUAUCUAGCACAGGUGCUUAUCAACUCCGAAGGCAAUAUCCUGCUUCAUCGGAGGAAGACGAAGCCGACCCAUGUCGAGCGGACGAUUUUCGGUGACUCGACGGGCGACUCGCUGACCACUGUCGUCGACACGCCUCUGGGAAAGAUUGGAAUGCUGAACUGUUGGGAGCAUCUGCAGCCUCUUCUCAAGUACCACACCUACUCUCAGGGCGAGCAGGUGCACAUUGCCGCAUGGCCUUUCAACGGCGAGUUCAACGGCGGCAUCGAGCCGUGGUCGCUGUUCGGCGAGGCCAACGAACUCACCGCGAGCCGCAUGUACGCCCUGGAGGGUGCCGUAUACGUCCUCUGUACCAACCAGCCGCUGUCUGCCGAGGGCGCCCGCCUCAAUAGCGAGGGCCAGGGCAGCGCCGACAUGGACAGCUUCAUGCUGAGUGGCGGCGGAGGCCGGGCCGCCGUCUUUGGUCCGGAUGGCCGACAGCUUACCGAGCCCACGAAGCCCACCUACGACGGCCUCAUUUACAGCGACAUUGACCUUGACAAAAUUGACUACGCCAAGACGCUGACCGAUUGCGUCGGUCAUUACUCCCGGCCCGACCUCCUCCGUCUCGUGGUGGACGACCAGCCCAAGAACUUCGUCACGAGGGUGUCGUCGGACAAGCCUACCAACUCGCCCUACAUCUCAACUACCGGGGACGAAACUCUGAUUUCGACUCACAAGACACUUCGCGAGAUUCUUCGGGCUAAGAACAGACUGGAGAAUAGUGAAGAGUCCGUCGAUGUUUCGCAAGCUUAG